AUGCGCUGUAAGUUUUUUGGAUUCAAUGUGUGCAGCCUGAUUCAGCACAGGAGGCUGGACGAGAUCGCGUUGCUGGCUAGGGGCUUCCCGUUCCACUUCCUGCUGGGCACCCGCCUGCGGGCGGUGCCGUCCGAGGCGGUGCGUCGUCAGACGCACAUCGGGGACCACGACUACUACCACUUCGGGUACGGCAGGGGGCCCUUCACCAACCGUGCGGCAGGAGUCACCAUCGGAGUACGACGCCGAGAUCUCGGACUACGCGUGCACCGCGUGCUCCCUGGACCUGCCGCCGCGCUGGGCCGUGCGGGAAUGGUGCGAGUGGUCACUGGUUCGCUCGACGUCACGGCCAUUGCGAUCUACUUCCCGCCGCCUGGCCCGCGCUCGGGGACGGCCACAUGGAGGCGCACGGUUGAUGUGCUACUCGAGUGGUUGAACGGUCUGCUGGACACCACCCCCGAGCGCUCCACCCCCAUCAUCUUCACGGACCUGAAUGACUCGUUCGCGGUUGACGAGACCAGUUGCUCCUUCAGUUGCAUCGGGCCCUACGUGCAGUCUCGCAUGGGCUACGCCGCUCGAGGGCUCCGUGAAGUGCUGCACCGACACCAUUUCGCUUGCGCAACCACCUUUUUCAAGAUUGCUCCCACUUACAAUGGCGAGAAGUCGUCGACCUGGAUCGACCACUACGCCCUGCCAGCUGGAGCCCUGCCGCGCGUGUCAAAGCUGAUCACCAUGACCAAGGCGGCCAGGCAGCUCCAGCUCUACCCCUCCAAGGGAAUUUUGCGUGACCACUCUCCCGUGCUCCUGGAGGCGGACCUGGGCGUCCCGAGCCUGCGGUCUUCGCAGAUUUCGGCCUCUUGGAACUUCGACGCUAUCGAGACCGCGCUGCAGACGCCAGGCCUGCGGGAGGGAUUCCUGGAAGAGGCAAACCUGGCCCUGCAGCGCGCGGCGCCAUCGUACCUGGGGUACUUCGAGAGCAACAUGAUCGACGCAGGCUACGCUUCGUUCCUGGACGCGCUGGCACCGAUUGCUAAGAAGCACUUCGGCAGGGCCAGGCGAACCCCUGGCGCGGAGCUGGCGCAGCACCGACUCCAGGUACGACGCCUCCUCCGUGGACGGGCGGUGCUGCGCGCCAUGGGCCUCCCCCACUGCCACUACGAUUUUCAGAUCCGCGACUUCACGAAUCGCAUCAGGGGCAUCUAUAGGACGGUCCCACACGCUGCGCCCGCGGAGUACGACCACGGAUGCAUACCGCGACGCAGGCGAGAGAAUGCCAUUUUGGGCACGCAGAUCUUGGCGGAUCGCCUGCGGAGCGCACGCGUGUGGCACAUUGCUGUUUUCGAUGACAUGAAGAAUGCUUUCGGUUGCUGCGAGCACAAGCGCAUGAAUCAAGGACUUUUAGAGUAUUUGCCAGCAGGGGAUGUCGCCCUGCUCAGCGACAGGCGCACCACGCACCUACUUCACCUCGAGGGCGUUGAUCGCCCCACCACCCUUCACCUCCAAAGCGGGGCUUUGAUGGGGGACCCCAGUGCGCCCGACGAAUUUCGAGUUGAUUUUGCCCGCCCCCUCCAGGAGUGGCUCGCCCAGUUUCAGGACCCUGCUUUGUGCGUGUCGUGCCCCGUGUUCGGGCGCGAGGUCUAUGCGGGCCUGUUCAAAUACGUGGACGAUCUGGCGUACUUUUUGCUACUCCAGGAGGGGGCACUUUCCGAGGCUGUCGCCACAGCGCGCGAAGCCCAGGCCAAGCUCGGCAAUGCCCUGGCUGCGUACGGACACAAGCAAAACACGUCGAAACAAGUUUUGGUCCCCCGCCUCUGCGGCUACAAGGCCACCCGUCAGUUUUACGCUGCAGAGGUCAUCAGCCUCCUCUUCGGUCGCGUCGGCUUCGAGAAUGCCCCCACCCUGUCCGAGGGCCGCCUCACCGUUCACGCCAACCCGUUCGCCGUUCGUUUUGUGACUGACGUUUACAGGCUCGAGCUUCUUACAGACUAUGAAGACUGGCGCUCCGUCUGGGGCGAGGACAUCCAUGCGCUCUUCCAUGACGACUACAUAUCGCAUCAGUUUCUGGCGGCUGAUGUUUCUGUUCUGCGCAAGAUCUGGCAGAGCGGUAAGACUGAGCUGGACAUUAUCGAUUUCGGACCCUGCCUCUCCGCCUCGAUCACAUUUGCGAGCGGCACUUGCCUUUCAUACCUGAGAGACGGACUGGCGAUGGCGACCCCCAAGCCCAAGUGGAUGCUGGAGAAGCGGCCGCCUGGGGCAGAGGCCGAGGGCGCACCCGUGCUGGCCAAGGCCAAGGGCGGCGGCCCCCCGCAGAAGGACAAGGGCGGCAAGAGCUCCGCUCCCACCCCAGGUUCCGCCUCCGACGCGGCCGCAGCCAGCGGCCCCAACAGCAAGCAGCAGCGCAAUCGGCACCUCGGGCAGAUCAAGGACAUGGGGUUCACCAAGAAGCAGGCCAACUUCAUCAACGUGAUGGUGAAGCAGACGCUCAUGACGACCCAGUUGGUGCGCGAGCUGUGGGCCGCAGGAGUGGACACGUACUUCCUGACCGCCGACCUGCCAGAGAUCGAGGCCGUGCAGGAGGCAGGGGCGACAUAUUCACACGAAGUCCGAGCCCGAGGCAAAGGCCGCCAGCUCGGUCCUCCUCACCUUCAUAUAUUCAAUGGGUUCGUGACCAAGUUGCUAGAGCGUGGGCCCGCGCUGGGGCAGAGGACACACGCGAUGCUCAAAGAUUGGCACGCCAGAGUGUGGUGCGAGCUGCAGCCUCACGACCUCUACGACAUGGUGCGGCUGUUCCGAGUCACGAAGUGCUACGACCAGAACAAGAGGAAGCUCCACCUGAUGAUGAGGGAUGUGGCACAGCCGAGCGUACCGCCCGAAUCAGACGAGCAGCAGCUGCCUUCGCCCUUGACAGUCCGCGGCCUGCUCCAGAAGGCCCUCGAGGAGAUCGGCGGACGCAGGGCACUGGGCGCGGCGCCACCAGCCCGCGCUGGCGCCGGCGCGCAGGCCGCGCCCCUGGGCGACGCGGCGCCGUGCGAGGACCUGGAGGAGCUCCGGCAGAAGAUGUGCUCCACCCUCCAGGGAGCUCUGGAGGGCGGCCGCCUCGGCGCCGCCACGGAGGCGGACGUGGUGGCGCCGAUGGAAGUCGAAGAGCAGCGCGCCUCGCCGCCCGCCGAGCGGCAGAGCGCGGCGGCCCCCUCGAAGGACGAGUCCUUGGAGGCGAUCCGCAAUGAGGCGCUCGCCGCGCUGGCGCGGGGCGCCGAGGACGGCAGCCUGGAGAAGGCACUGGCAGAGGUGCGGGUGGAGCGGGCGGCGGAGGCGGCAGAAGAGGGCCAGGGCCUGGAGCAGGAGGAGCUCAGGGCCCAG